UCUUUAUAUAUGGACAUGGCAGAUAACAAUAAAGACACUGCGGAUAUUCUGCCUGUUGUGCUAAAUCAUCUGGUUGAUGCCUUUCCGGAGCAAGGUUGUGGUCACGAGGGAUACAUGCAGAGACUUCGCCAUUAUAGAGAGAAGAUAAAUAGUUUUUUAGACAACCGCGAAAAGUUAGUUGAAGCUGGGACCAAUUACUGCUCCCAGGUUGAAAACAACACUCGAGUCCAAGCUCAGAGACACCCUGACCUGUUGUCAGAUAAUGUCCUGUCACGAGGAAAUUAUCAAAGCACAGUGGACAUCAGUGAUACAGAUCAGCAGAGGCUUGAUGUUAUUCCAAACAGUGAACCUCGAAGACCAACCGCACAUUUCCAGCACAACGUUAAAACAAACAGUUAUUUCUAUGUCACGCCUGGAAUGACGCUACUUUUGGAGAACUAUCUUGUAUUGUGUGAUGCAGAGAAUAACCAGGUCAUGGUGAUGUACUUGAAGGACACAAAAGGAGAAUCUAUCGUUUGGACAACACAACUUACGAGCGUCAAUGAGGGGCCUAGAGGGAUGUCUGGUCUGCAGCCUCUGCAGUACUGGCUAGAGAGCAUCAACCUGCCACAGUACUGCCAUCAUUUUACCUCCAACAACCUCACAACCCAGGCAGCCAUCCUAGCCCUAGACGAGGCCAGGCUAGCAGAUAUCGGGGUCAGCCUUCCCGGUCACCAGCAACGCAUCCUUAACCAUCUGCCCACCCCUGACAGUGGCAUCUGGAUGGAGGACGAUGCUGCACUUCCCAACCUGCCGCCAAAGACCAAGUCUUUCCGGGACUCCAUUCUUUUCAAUGAUACACCGUUCCAGUCUGGAGAUAGUGUUUUGCACAUUUCCAGCUCUACAUCUAUCAAUGUUGACACAAGCCAAAAAUCACCAACAGAUUCCAGGAGCAGAUCUCCUCAGAGGAUUUCCCCCAGACCGGUCCCAAAGCCGAGGACAAGAACAACCACCAAACCAAAGUCAGACACAGACCAAGACCAACUAAAACUCCUUGCUAGGCCGACCCCAGCACCAAGAGUGCGGACCCCUUCUCAGAACAACAAAUCAUUGGCCAAAGAAGUGGACCUAUUCCCAAACAUGCAUGACCAAAGCACUCCAGUAUCAGCAGCUGAUGACAGUGCGGAAGGAGUUAACAAUUUAAUCUCUGGACUUGGGAUGUAUUCCAAUUCUAAAGACACAAGCUCAAGACCUAGGACUGCUUUAUUUACUGAGAUUGAACAGUCGGUGGAAAGUCUUUCAAAGACAGAUAAAUCUCAUAUAGUGCAUCAAGAAUCUUUAUAUGACAAUAUGGAAGAACAAGAAACCGAUACAAGUACUAUUGUUCAAAAUAAUUCAAACAAGUUUGCAUUCACUAAAGUAAAACCAUCUGAGACUGAUGAGCAUAUAGAAGCAGGUUUAAAAAUUCUUGACGAUGAACAAGCGCCUGUUGUUACGACUGGGUCGAGAAACAGUAAGAUUCUUGCAUUAUCUCUAGAGGGAGCUUGUGUGGAUGAUUCAACAACUGAUGAUUCACAAAAUGAGGAUCUGUAUACCAUGCCAGACAAAAGUAAAAAGAUUGGAACAAGUGUUAACAUUGUAGGACAUGAUGAAGAAACAUCAGAGAAUGAUGAAAAUUUGACAAGUGAUGACAUUUAUGUAAAUCUUGCUGAUGGAGAUUUUCAAGAACCUGACAAAAGUAGAAAUGACAUAGCUUUUGCAGUUGAUCAUGACAAAAAGCCACUUGGACAGGUAACGCAGGGUUUCUCUAUGGAUGACUUUGACCCCUUAGCUGAGUCGACACCGCUCAAACCAGGAUCUGAUAGAGUUCACAUGACAAAGUCUGGUGGUCAGGGUAAAGUAGAGACAACCCCUAGUUCAGAUGUUCAGAAAGAAGAGGCAAGUGAUUAUGAGCCUAUUUGGACUAAUCCUAAAAAAGAUAACUCUUCCUGGUCCAAAUCUGUUAGAGAUUCUAAUCUUAUGCAGUUUUCUCCCUUUAAAAAUGAUUCUUCAGGAAAUAGAACAUCAUCAUUUGAUUCUAGAAACUCCACAUCAUUUAACAUGCCACCUCCUGAAUUUCCACCGCCCCCCUUACCAGCAGAGGGUGAAAACAAUCCUUUAACAGACUUUGACCCUUUUGGACCUUCUUUUGUCAGCAGCUCAAACAAUUUGUUGCCAGAAAACACAGAAUCUCAGGGAGGUCACAGUCAAUCAUCUCAGCAACUUAUGCCCCCAAUUCCACCAAGACCUGCCAAUUACAAGGCACCUCAGUUUGAGACUUAUGAGAAUGCUUCCUUCCACCUGUCUGGUGGUUCCUUGACUCUGCCUGAUAGUGACGGCAGUAUGGAGCCAGAUUUGGGGAUGAACACGCCCCAGCCAAUUGAGUUUGAGAAUGGUGUGCCGUCAAGCACGAAAGACCCUUUCUUAAAUGCCGACCCCUUCGGUGAGUUCACUCCUGACCUUGACGGGCUGGCAGAUGAAUCAUUUCCACCAGCUUCGUGCCAAAAUCAUGCAACUAAUGACAACACAUUUGUGAACGCUUUUACUGGAAGUGGGUUCACCAGUAGGACAGAUGCUAUCUAUGAAGUAGCAGAAGAACCUAGCAACCCUAGCAAUUUUGACCCAUUUGGCCUGGACCAUGAACAGAGUGAAACGUCUCUAGCACGUUCUGUGUCAAGCACGAGUAGCGGGAGUGCUCAUCGCCUCAGUGAGGUGGUGCCACCCCCGAAAUGGCAGCACACAAUACCCGAGGGCAAGUGGUUCCAACCAACCAGCACUGACUCCAUGUACUCACUUGCUGCAAAUAUCAAUGAGGAUGACCACAGUAGCGAGGGAAGCGUCGAUGACAUUAUUGACCAGCCGGACGGAGAUGAAGACAACGCCAGCCUCACCUCCAUGACUCAGGCCGAAAUUCUGCCCACAACUUCCCUCUCUCCAAGGAAGAAAGAAAGAAGUGGCUACCUGUACAAGCAGGGAGGGGUAAAACAGAAUCGAGGCUGGAGAAAACGCUGGGUGAUAUUUGAUGGCCGGUCCCUUCGAUAUUACUCUAAUUCCAAGGACAUGGUUUCAAAGCGUAUUGUGCCUCUGUCCUGUAUGAAGAAUGUUGAAAUGGACAUUAAGUUGAAGGACAUGAUCGCUGCAGUAGAAAAAGCAAAUAUAAUACCAGUGAUAAUGACAGGUAAAACCGUUAGAAGGAAGAGUUCGUUAGGGAAUGGUUCAAGACCAAACAACUCUAGGCAGUUCAAGUUCAAGCUGCAAUGCCAGAACAGGACCUUCCUGUUUGCCACGGACACUCUAGAUGAUUGCAAGAUGUGGUCCAGCACCCUGAUGGAAGCCAUCCUAACAUACCAGAGACCUGUAGAGGAGCAACCAGGUGGGGAUAUGGCCAACCCUGACAUUGCUGAUUGGAUAAAAAUCAACAGAAACAAGUUUAAAUUCUAUGUGGCGCUGAAGAAGCAUAAGCUGUGUUACUACCAGAACAUGGAUGACUUCAAGAUGGCAUCUCCCCUUCAUGAGAUUGAUAUGAAACUAUCGGCAGUUAAGGAAACAGACCGCACACGUCUACAGCUCAAUACCCACUACAGCACUUUCAUGUUAAACUUUGAGUCAUCAUCAGAGGCGUCUAACUGGAAAAUGGCCAUAGAAGAGUCCAUUACAGAUGCACUGGGAGACAACACGAUCUUAGACCAGGUUAAAGAAAACCCUGCUAACAGAAACUGUGCUGAUUGUGGAGUAGAAGGCGCUCACUGGGCAUCUAUGAACCUGGGUGUUGUUCUGUGUAUGCACUGUGCAGGCAUCCAUCGGGGCUUUGACUACCGAUUGUCCAAGAUCCGCUCUCUCAGAAUGGACUCAAAAGUCUGGAACUCUAGUCUUAUUGAGCUGUUUAAGGUGAUAGGGAAUGAUAAUGCCAACAAGUUCUGGGUGAAGAACCUUCCACCAGGCUCGGCUAUCGGGCACCAUGCAAGCCCGGAAGACAGAAAGCACUUCAUACACAACAAAUACAGGGACAAACUCUACUGUGACAUAAGCCCACUGGCUGAUGACAAACUGGCCCUCAAUGAGGCAUUGUUGUCUGUAGCGGUGACAGAUGAUGUUCUUCUCACAUAUCAGGUUCUACUCUCAGGGGCAGAGGUGCUGUAUACAAGAAGUGAUUGCCCGGAGAUGACAGCCUUUGAACUGGCUAAGGAGGCACACCAACGCUUACAAAUGGAGUUCCUGUUGCAAAAUGGGGGAGACAGAAGCAGAAAUUUCAUGCCUGGUUCUGAUGAGGAAUCUUCGUUGAAUGCGAAACUGAGAGCGGAGGUGCAGAAACAGGGUUACUUGAUGAAAACUGGCUCAAAUAUGAAAGACUUCUUGAAGAGGCACUGUGUUCUAGAACAUGGUCACCUGAGUUACUAUGUCAAUGAAGAUAGCAAGGUUGAGAAGGACAGGAUUGACAAUGAGAGCAUGUUGUGUAUACAGGCCAUUCACCAUGACAAGCAAGUAGGGUGUUUGGAGAUCAGCACCAGCAAAGGGAGCAACAACCGCUUGUACCUGUUUUCAGCCCCCACUGUCGAUGAACGACUGGGAUGGAUGCAGGCAAUCUCUCAGGUGUUCUGCCCUGUGAAGCUGAUGGAGUUGAUGAGACAAAAGAACUUCUCCCUGGCCGGGUACACCCACCUCAAAACUGGCUUCAACAUGGAAUGGCAGAGGACGUGGUAUGUCCUGGAGAAGAGAAAACUCAUCUUCAGUGAUAAGGAAGAAGUUGAAAGAGACUCUGACAGUAUAGAUCUGAGAAGAGUAACCUCCAUAGCAAAAAUCACUCAAAGUACGGAGUCGUGUGGGGCAUGCAUGGAGCCAGGUAGCCAGUUUGUGUUGAAGUAUGCGGAUCGCAUGUUGUACUUCCAGGCCGACCUAACACGCGACACUGACAGAAUGUACACAGCCAUUGAACAUGCUGUCAAGCAUGGAGGAGACGACCUUGAGGAUCAGGUACUGACGGCAGAUGGAGUGCCUGUCAUCCUCGACACAUGUGUUACAUUCAUACAGCAGUAUGGAAUGAGGAUGGAUGGUUUGUACAGGAGAUCUGACACAGAGCACAAGAUUAUCAAUCUCUUACAGAAAUUCCAUGAUGAUGCGCGAUCAGUGGUGCUGCGUAUUGAAGAAGAUACGGUUCAUGUGGUGUGUAAUGCUCUUAAACGAUUUCUUCGCAACCUCAACGACCCUCUUCUUACAAAGGAAUUUUACGCUCGCUGGCUGCAGACUGCAAAUUUAAAGGAGGGUGACCAUAACACAAAGAUGCAGUGGUACAAGUAUCUGCUGCAACAACUCCCGAGAAUCAACUACCUCGCUCUUAAAUUCCUUGUCAUACAUCUGUACAAGGUAUCUCAGUAUUCAAGUGAGAAUCUGAUGACCAUAGAGAACAUCUCCAUCAGUAUGGGUUCUUCCCUUAUGGUUUCCAUGACGGAUAAGGACACGUCUAAGAGUAUGGGUGCGGGGAACCAGCUACAGAUGAAAGUGCUUACCGACCUCAUCACCUACCAUCAGUGGCUCUUCGAUGUUGAACACCAGGGUCGAACCUACACCGAAGAUGAGGAUAAAUAUGCAAAGGCUACUGAGAAGCUGGAAAAACUUCAACAAAACCAGAAGACGGCCACUGAGGACCUGUUGAUCCAUGUAUACAUCAGAAGCCCUAAGGGCCAGUGUGAAUCUGUCAGGAUUAACCAGAGUACAACGGUGGGUAAUGUGGUGUCGCAGCUUGUGGCUAAGUUAAAUCCGGGAAUUGGAAACUGGGUGCUGCAUGAGGUCAUCAAGGAACUGAUUGAGCGCCCCCUUUCUACGAAUAUCAAGGUGUGGCCAAUAGUGAUGACGGAGUGGCAGAACUGGAGCCAGGAGUAUUCUUCUUCCGCCCGUCUUUGUCUCUGUUCAACAAGUCAGCUCAAAGACCCCAUUGAACAGGCGUAUGACCCGAGUAAACCAUUGUUUGCGGAGCUCCGGUACAGUACCCCACAGGGGAAGAGAAACAAGUUUAACAAGAUGGCCUUCGAGUUCACUCAGUCCAGACUGUCAUACUAUACAAAUGUUAAGAAUGUUAACAAACCUGAGUCUGGCUGGAAUAUAGAGGAUCUCACCAUUUACAAGGGACACGACCCAAAGAAAAGUCCUCCAAAAGAUUUCAAACACUGCUUUACCUUCCUUGUGAAUGACCCUGGACACAAAAUGGGGGAGAAGGAGCUGUUUGGUCAUACAGUGGGCUGUGCCAGCGAACAUGACCUGUACGGCUGGAUGGGAGCCAUGAUGAGUGCUCAGGCAAGUUGUGGCUCCUAGCUGAAGUUUGUCAAUAGGACCACUACAGUGUGGGAAGGACAUUUCUACAAUGCAUUAGUCUGCCAAAUAUGCCAUCUUCCAUUAUGGAAUGCUCAUGACAUAUGAACAGUGUUGUGUUAGUGCUUUAAAUACAGUGAACUUUUAAGAAGGGAGCCUCCAUGUUUCUCAGCUUUGUUGUUCAUGUUUUAAGCAAUGAAAUUAUGCAAGCUUCCCAGACCUUAGACUAAGAGUUUAACUGUUCUGCUGCAGGUUUAUGAGAGAAUACUGAAUAAUGGAGUCUUAGUGUCAUAUGUGUACAUGAAGGUGGUUUGUGGAUUUUCUCCUUGCUGUUAGCUUACUUGUAUUAGAUAACACAUAUGCAGGGGUUUGGUGAUAUGUUUUUUGUUGACUAUAUCUGUGUACAUGCUAGAUAGAUUCUUACUUUGAGGUACCAAACUAUUUCCAUUGUUUAUAUGUAAUGUUACACAAUUUCUAUGUAUAUACAUGUAUUGUACAUUCUCCUUUACGUGGACCAGAUACAUUUUAAUUCAUUCCAAAGUACAUAUUUUUUUAAAUAAUCUUUCAAAAUUUGCUGUCAAUAACUAUAUGGUUCUCUAUACUGUUGAUUGUUAAACUGUGAAGAAGAAUAUAGUAUUGUAAAAAAGAAAACAAUAUUUUUUAUAUUCAUAUUUACAUGUGUAUAUUUUCAUUUCUAUGAAAUUCUCUGUGCAAUAUGUUUUCAUAGGUCUUUGGUAAUACUAAGUUACUAAGUGUAUUUUAACCCACAUAUUUCGUGAAUCAUCAUUUCUGACAUCUUGAUGAAAGAUUCAUUCUUUGGUUCCUAAAAACUAUUUACAGAGACAUUUUAAUGUCCAUGUGUAUUUUAACCCAUGUUUUUUGUGAAUCAUCAUUUCUGACAUCUGGAUGAAGAUACAUUCUUUGGUUCCUAAAAAGUGUUUCCAGAGACAUUUAGAGUAUGUGCAUAUGCGUGUCAAACAUCAUGUACAUGUACACAUUAAGUUGCUCAUAAUGAAUUAAACUUUAGAAGAGAAAUUAAAAUUUUAAAUCUUAAAAAUUAAACUGGUAAAUGCUGUGCCCUUAAAUUUGCUGCUUAAUUGCAUAAGUGAAAGUGGCAAAUUGAUGCCUAUGGCCAUUACAGUCACGAUUACAUACAUAUAAACAUGUAUAAAUAACAUAACAAAGAGUCAAAUGUUCUAUUAUAAAAGUGACAUAAAUAUAUGUUAUGUAGUAAUAGUGGUACGAGUUAUUGUUGAUGAUCACUUUAGUAAAUGUGUAUGUUAGUAUGCAGGCUGUUGUGUACAACCUAGAAAUAUUAACACUGGAUAUAGAAGCCGGUAAAUAUUAACACACUAGAUAUAGAAUAUUGCUGUGUUAAAGAUGGUGCUAGAUAUAUAUUUACAUCGACUUUAAUAACAACAAAUUAAUUUUGAAAUUAUAUUAUAGGGGUUUAAGGUCUUGUUGUGUUUUAUUUGGCUUGAAAGUAGAUUCCAUACCUUGAAGUGCAAUGUACAUUAUAAUCAGAUUCUGCAUGAAUGUGUUAGUGGUGUGUGGAAUGCUGAUUUAGGCAACAUAUGUACUAUAGAUAUGCUUGAUGUGGAGCAAUAUUAUAGAAUCAUGUAUUAUAAUAACAAAUACUUAUAUCAGUGUGGUUAAGCAAUGAUGUUUUUCAACUAUUUCAAAUGCUUAAAUUAGGAUUAUUACUAUAUAGUACAGAAUCCAGCCUUAAAGUCGGCAUUCCAUUGUUAUUUUAAAGGAUGUGUUCAUACAUUGGCAUAAAAGACUAAGAUUUUAGACAUAAUUAUUGUUUUAUUAUGUGUUUUAUUUAGUUGCGUAUUUACGGUCAAUUUUACUAACAGUGAACCUUGGUGAAGACUUUAUUUCAUAGUGAUAGUACAGUAAUCUAUAUUUUAUUCUAUGUUUUUUCUCCUUGAUUCAUUUGUGUUUGAGAUUAUUGUUUGUCUUACUCUUCGAACAAAAAGUACAUGUGUUGCAUUUUUUCUGUCAAACAACUUUUUCAAAGGUAAAAUGUAGUUAGUAAUGUAUUAUUAUACAUGAGAUGGAUAUAGUUUUGUACUUGAUAUAUUCAUAUUAUGUAAUUGUUUUGUCAUCAUAACAUUCUCUGCUAAGUCCGAUCUAUUUAUUUACAAUAUCAUUUCAGAGCACUUACUUAAAAGUGUUUUAUUCCCCUAAAUGUGAUAUAUUUCGUACACACAUUUAUAAACUUACUGUUAAAAACAUAGUAUUGCAUGCAAUAUGUUAUAAUAUAUUUAAAAAAUCAGUAUAAAACCCAUGUAUACAAUUCAUUGUUGAGGAAAGUAAUAAACACCAUUAAAUUGU